AUGACGGGAACGAGCAAAAGAGGAAAUGUAGACGGAAAAGUAACACGCUAAUGCUAUCGUACAUCCACAAAAAUGUGUUCUUUUUCUUACCGAAUAGCUCGUUUAAUAAGUUUGUUUGUCGUCUGCGUGUCUCUGUUCAUUAACUAUGGAUUCGCCGGUAAAAUGAAGAUAGUCGAGGAGCCAAACACGUUUGGACUGAACAACCCUUUUAUGGCUCAGGGAAGCAGACUACAGCCUAGAGUGACCCCAUCUCCUGUAUCUGGCCCAAUGCACCUUCAUCAGCUUGCUGGCAAGUGCUUCAGCCUCACUGAGUCAACGUAUAAAUAUGAAUUCUGUCCAUUUCACAACGUCACUCAGCAUGAGCAAACAUUCAGGUGGAAUGCCUACAGUGGGAUCUUGGGGAUCUGGCAAGAGUGGGAAAUAGCAAACAACACUUUCACGGGCAUGUGGAUGAGAGACGGCGAUACUUGCAGAACCAGAAACAGAGAAACAAAGGUUAUUCUGGUCUGCAGCACAAGCAGCAAGCUUGCUCAAGUCUCAGAGCCCAGUACCUGUGUGUACUCGCUAACCUUUGAGACCCCACUUGUUUGCCAUCCACAUUCUCUUUUAGUGUACCCAACUCUGAAAGAGGAGCUACAGAAGGAAUGGGAUGAAGCAGAGCAGGCUCGCUACGAAGGACUUAUAACUGAGCAGGGAUACAAUAAUGUCUUGAAGGAUAUUUUUGAAGAUGCUGGACUGCUGAAGAGUCAGAAAGUGAAAGUCAAGCUUCCAGAAGCAGCAGCUGAUUCCGAAAGACAUAACCCUUUAGAGAAAUGUAAACAGGACAACCAGAAACUGAGAGACAAGAUCGAGAGACUGCAAGCGCUUCUUACUCAACACAACAUUCCUUUUGAUUCUGAGCCAAAAAUAAAAGCUACAGUGAGUGCGAAGGUCAAGGAUCAACACUUAAGAGGAGACGACGGACUCAUUGAUGCACAGUGAAGAUCACCUGGACCAAAAACCAGUCAAAGCUCACCUGAUUUGAAGAUUUUGUUGAGAGACACAUAAAGUAACUGGACAACACUACUGGCACUGAGGCUAUCGGUACUACAGAUUAAAAUUCAACUGAGAAAACCUUUUUUUUUUUUUUUUUUUUUUUUUAAUAUUACAAACUUGGCCCUUUUAGUUUUUGAUGAUUCAUCACUGAGCUGGAUCUCUCGAAGACUGGAAAGAAAGGAUCAUUGUGAGCUCAGGUUCACAUUUUGCACGCGUGCAUCAUCUUGAGAAAUAAAAUAAGUCUGAAACAAGUUUACAGUAGUCUCAUCUUAAGUUUCAGUUCAUCAGUAAAUUUACAUUAGUUUUUUUUUCUUUGACAGAACAGAAUCCUUGAAAACUGCUGCAGGUGCAGAC